AAAAUACAGUAUGUGUGCAACGCACGCGGCGCAGAACAUGACGUACACGGUAUAAACACGUGAUUUCGGUUAUUUGUGAAUUUUUUUGUAAAUAAUUAUUAAUUCGGGAUUUGAUGAAUUAAGUUUUAAAUUAACUAAGUUUUCAGUGUAAUAAAUCUUUGCAAUUGUGGACAAUAUCUGGGUCAAGGCAGCAGUGACGGCAGUGACCAACAUAUUUAACCUCCGGUCUCGAUGUUCGUAAAGGAUAAGCAAAAAAUAAAAAACACAUCAUUAGUUUUUUCUAUUGAUCAAUACAGUAAAACUAAUUUGAAAAUUAAUUUUGCUUAGCUGUAUUGUUACCACUGAAGGCAACAAUACAGACAAUUGUCACUCCUCAAUAAAAAUGGGGAAAAAUCACAGACAUCAGAAAAAUUUAAAGUUCGAAAAGGCGAAAGUUAAACUGAAGACGAAAAAAGGUAAAACCCUCCCCAAGGGACAGAAUAUCACUGAUACAAGUUUCAAAGUGAAGAAGAUUAUCGUCAGGGAGCAACUCAAGUCCCAUGAGCGCGAUGAAAUCGUCAGUCGUCGGAAGCUCAAUGUCAAGGAGUUAUUAAGUCGUCUCCAGCACCACAACUCGACAGUCCGCCAAGCAGCCAUACAGGAAUUAAAGGAAAUAUUGCAAUCAUAUCCUCCGGAACUACUGAGUGCCCACCUCAGCAUCCUUCUCCAGGGCAUCUCAUCCCUAGCCCUCGACAAGGAGAGAGACAUUCGAAAGGACACUCUCAAAGCUCUCUCUCUCCUCCUAGGGCCCCUCUCUACUUACCAGCUCGCCCCCUUUGCUGAAAUCCUCGUCUCCUAUCUUUGCUGUACAAUGACUCACAUCAACCCAUCUAUAAAAGAGGACUCCCUCAAUUUCCUUGACGUUCUCAUUCACUCUUGCCCCUCUCUCCUCUCAAAAAACACCCACAAAAUUCUCCCCAAUUUCCUCGACAUGAUAUCCACCCACAGUCACACCUCGAUCCCUCGACAGCUCACAACUACCUUAAACUCGCGGAAUACCACCAUCAAGUGGAGAAUCAAAGUUCUCCAGCGUCUCUCCAGUAUUUUUAUCUCAAUCAUCAACGACCUGAAGUCCAGGAAAAAUGAGGGAAUUAAGAGUGAAGCAAGGAGAAUCUUUGUCGACGAUAAAACUACUUUUCUUAAUUGUUCCCACGAAAAUAAUCUCGCCAUUUGGCAUAUCAGUGAUGACGAUAGAGUGGUGGGCUAUGGCGGAUUGAGAGAUGAAGAUUUCAAGUGUUAUGUCAAGUCCCUGAUGCCUUUAAUGAUGGAAAGUUGGAUUGAGGUGAGGCCGAAGGAUGUUGACGGCAAGCAAGGUAGUCUAUGGUCACAGGAGGCUGCUGAGAUGUUGGGCGUUGUUGUCAGAAUUUUGAUUAAUUUAUUGGAUAUCCUGGAGAUGUUUGAAGGGGAGGAGAUAAGUGGAUGGUUUAGGGUAGAGGUUCUCGAGGGGGUGGGUAAAUUUUUAAUGGGAGGAUUUCCCUAUGGGUUGAUCAAGAGCGUGAACCAAAAAGGCCGGAAGGGCCGAAUAAAGAGGCAAGAUGAUUUUGGUGAGGGUGAGAGCGAUGGUAACGGACUGAUUGAGGAGAAUUUGGGAUUGGGACUCAUUUUCGUAGGACUUAGCUGCAGGGAGGUUGGGCUUGGUAAGAGGGAGAAAGAGGAAUUGGAAAGAGUUGUCCAGUAUGUAUGUGAUCAAUUGAACAAUUGGAAAUGCAAUGAAGCAGCUGCUUCAUCUGCUCUAUGCAAAUUCUUAAGGGUUUUGUUUCUCAAGGCGAGUAAGAACUUGUAUAGAAAUGGAAUUAGUCUCGUAAAUAUUCUCCGAAGGACUAUUUCUGCAGCUUGUAGGCAGCCGAAACGUGAACUUCAGAGUCAAUUAUUUGCGAUUCUUGGGGAAAUUGUUCUUGAUCAUCGUUUGAACGAACUCCAGAGUGAAUCCUCCUUCAAAAAAUUCAUCAAAACUCUACCAGAUUUACUAUUGAAGGAAAAUAUCCAUGAGAAUACCAUACAAAUGUUGAAUCGAGCUGUUCUUCAACAUGGAACAUGGAUUUGUGGAGAAUUGGCCAAGAAGCAAAAUCAAAUCAUAGAAAAUGCAAAAACCAUUGAUAUUGUCGGAUCGAUCGAUGAUAACCAGUCUAGGCUGAUGAUUUGUAAUUUAUUGCACUUUCUGGAUGGACAAAUAUAUUUUUAGUCAAUUGAAAAUAUCAUCACUCCUUAAAACCUGUCUGGAGUAAAAAAAUCUUCACUUCAAUUCAGCUGCACACCCAGUGUAAUUCAAGGUCGUGCUCAUGUCCGAUCGAUUUUUUCACAGAUUGUCUGAGUUAUUCAAUAGCAAUAGAAAAAAGAGAGGG